UUCCUCCAUCUCGCUAUCAUACUCCCUCCCACCCACCCACCAUGCCUCAGUCCAAGGGAAAGGACACCUCCCUGGAGGACUUCGGCACGAUCAAUAUCACCACGGCCACGAUCCGUCGGAUGGAGGACUCGGCUCCCGCGAUCGCGGGUGUCCUUGGCUAUCCUACCACGGCCAACAUCUACCGCCUGAUCUCCGUAGAGUGCCCCGACACCCGCGACAUCAUCAUCAGGUUCUAUCGUGACCGCGACGACAAGUUU